CAUCUCAUAUUUGAAAACUAUGUUUUUCAGAGCCUGUUUGAAAUUCUGGUAGAUACAAUUGUUUGUAAUGUUGGUGCUUCAAAAAGAGUGAGCUACCUUUCUGGUUGUCCGAAUGUACUUAAUGAUGUCUUCAGUUGCUAGCACUAACGGAAGCGCUUCAUCGGAAAGAGAUCCCCAGACUCUUUCGGAGAUCUACCACAAACAUGUUCUGAAGCAGAGUCACGAUAAGCAUAGACUAGACCAGGCCAAAGCACAACUGGUAGCCAACGGAUCCAAGACGACUGAGUUAGCAGUGGAAUAUCUGAAUGAGGGCAUAGCGAGGGCAUACUUGAACGAGAGUAGACUGAACGCCAUCACUUGUGACCUGCAGCUGCAAGUUAGCACUCUGGCCUCUGAGGCAGACAACUGGCUGAAGGUGAUGAACAAAUUCAACGACUCACUCAAGGCGCUCGGAGAUGUGGUCAACUGGACUGCGUGUAUUAACUAUGACGUCGCACAUAUCAACCGAACACUGCAUAAUGUGGCUCAUGGCACGAUCAAUGCAACUGAUAGAAUAUCAGAAGAACGCAGUGAAACUGUAACUGCGGGUACUUCUAAUUUACCACAAGAUUGAGCAUUGUUACCCUUGCGAUAAUUUAGUUUAAAUUAAAUAGUUUUUGGAUA